GAGGGGCGGGAACCGGGACGUCCUGAGGGGAGCGGGACCCCUGGGGGAAGCGGGACACCCUGAGGAGAGUGGGACCCUAGGGGAGAGCGGGAUCCCAUGAAGCGCUGAGGAGAGCGGGGCAGCAGGGGGGAGCGGGACCCUCCUCAAGUGCUGAGGGCGUUGGGGUCACCUGAAGCGCUGAGGGCAGCGAGACCCUCUGAGGGGAGCGGGAGCCCCUGGGGGAUCGGAGCCUGCUGAGGAGCCGAGCGGAAAAGAACUCCCGGAGUGCUGAGGGAAUCGGGGGCCCUGGCGGGACUCGGGGUCUCCCUUAGGUGCUGACGAGGUCGGGUCCCGGAGGAGCCUGGGGAGGGUUCGCAGCCCCUGAGGACGGGGCUGUGUCGGGCAGGCCGGGCUGUCCCACAGCUCCUGGUCCUGCUCGCUGAACUCCCCCGGCACAGCCGAGCCCGGCCCGAGCUGUGGGUGCCGUGCCCGGGGCCAAGGAAAUGCCAUUAAAUCUUAGUGGUUUCACCUGAAGAAUCCUUCAGGGGUAGAUGGAGAACGUUAAGGUCAAGGUUCUGUAACAAUGUGGGGUUUUCUAACCUAUACCUGACCCUGACAACAAAUUGUUUGUAGACCUGAGGAAAAAAAAAAAAAACAAACCAACUUGGAGCUGUAGGCUGAGCAAUAAUUACAGUGCUGAGGUGCUGCCGGUGUAAGAGAUGAGGCUGCACGAGAGCCGGACACGGCCCUUCCAGGCUCCUGCCACUGUGCACACCUUCCCGGGCAGGCAGGUGUUCGUGUUCCCCAGCGGCCGCUCAGACUCGGAGGAGUCCGAGGAGGAGGAGCUCAACGUGAUGGAAUUGCGGCCCCGGGGCAAGGAGCAGCCGCGGGGCAGCGCCCGGGACAGGCUGGGGGACGUGGUGCUGCUGGAGAGGGAGCUCACCCAGGAGGACAGCCUCAACAAGCUGGCCCUGCAGUACGGCUGUAAGGUUGCAGAUAUCAAACGCGUCAACAACUUCAUCCGGGAGCAGGACCUGUACGCGCUGAAGUCCAUCAAGAUCCCGGUGCGGCCGCACGGGCUGCUCACGGAGAGCGCCGGGGCCCUGCGGCCGCCCCCGGCGGGGCCUUCCCAGCCCGGCCUGACGCGCGUGGAGCCGCCGGAGCCCGAGCCCGGCGCGGACGGCUCUGCUGGCAGCCGCCGCCUCAGCGAGUACUUCAGGGGCAUCGACCAGAGCAUCCAGGACGCCGUGCAGGUGGAGGUGCAGCUGAACGCGGAGUACGGCGGGGAGGGGCUGGACAGGCCCGUGCCCGAGGCUGGGAAGCGGGACACUGGUAACGGUGCGGACUGUGGAAUCCAGUGGUGGAACGCCGUGUUCAUCAUGCUCCUGAUAGGAAUUGUCCUGCCGGUGUUUUAUAUCAUCUAUUUUAAAACACAAGGCCUGGUGACCCACACCUUUAACAUGACGACCCCAAAUGUUUCAACAGCUGCAUUGGAAGGGAGAUUAACACAAGGCUCAGGUGUAGGAAAAAAAUCCUAAGGGGAAAGGGCAGCCCACUCCAGCCUGUCCAGCAGUGAUGCCCGUAUGCUCGUGACUGACUCAAGUGCAUCCAAGGGGAUACAACAAUACAGAUUAUUUUUAUUUUUAUAAGUAGCUGAUGAUGUAAUCCUGAAUUUGACUGAAAAUGAGGUGACGGCAUUUUCAUGGAUAAAUAAGGAUGUGGUGUUGCUUACAGAGAUCAUCAUCCAGGUGGUUCAGAGUUGAGAACUCUGAAGGGAAAGUAUUUUGUAGUAAUUUACUCAUUGUGGUUGCUUCAGGUAUUUCUUAAGGCUGUGUCUAGAAGCAAAUUCUUUGCUGCUGAGCUAGAGAGUGCAGUAUUAAUGUGGUUGGACAUGUGGGGGUUGUGGGCAUUUUAAGGGAACACUUUUUGCUGGGUUAGAAGCAGGGGACACUUUUUCUCAGAAGUGUCAUUUUUGUCUCUUGCAGACCAUGGUGGUUUUGGGCUACUGGACCCUAAUGAUGCCUUCUGGGGCUCUAAGCUGGGUGUGCCAGGGCACGAGGACACUGCCAGCACCCCACAUUGUACCCCCCUGAGCAAAGCUUUGAGCCAUGUUCACCCCUGGGAAGGGUGAGCCCAGACCUCUCCCCUCAGUGAAAUCCUUCAGCGAUCUCGGUGCAGGAUCUGUGCUGUCCCAGGGAACUGCUCAGCCCUGCAUGGCCCCAGGUGGGCAGGGGCUGUUGGGAGAGGACAGGAGAGCACCAGAGGAGUCACUGGCACUUCUCAAGGGCUCGUUUGCUGGCAGAAGAUCUAGUCAGUAUUAUUUGCUAAAAAUGUAACAAUAGUCUAUAGUGGUGCUUCUCAUAGACACCCGGGCUCAGUCAUGAAAUUACUUCCUUGUGUGCAGUCUGAGUGAGGGUGAAGUGCUGAGCUGGCUGCAGGUUGCAAGGUCCAGGACAGAAGUCCAAGAAGAAGGGUGAAGCCUUUCUAGGAGAGGACAGUGAAGCUGCUGAUUGUGACAGGUUUCUGUGAACUCUUCAUGUGCAUGAAAAGCUCUGCAGGGCAGUGGAGGUGUCAGUCAGCCCCAGGGCCACUCAGCAAACACUACCUGCUGCAAGGGAGCAGCAAGGGAAGCCUUGGGAGCUUUCCUGAAGAGAAGAAUUUGCCUCAGCAAUUUGAUUUGGCAAAUUCCAGGCCUGAGGGCAAAGGUAACGGCUUUCCUGGAAUCAAACACUAAGGGAUUUUGUGUGGGCAGGUGGGAUUGGUGGGAUUGGGGCUGAGGGUGAGGGCAGAGCUCUCAGGUGGGCAGGUGCAGGCAGCCACUGUUUGUGGUUCCCACCUCAGCCCAGCCCCAUUUGCAGUUUCCCAGCUGCCAGCAGGACCCCAGGGCUCUUCCAGCUUCCCCUGGCAGCUCGAGGCCAGAGCAGGGGCUGGAGAGGGGCUGUGCUGCAGACACCUGGUGUACAGGUGUGGCCUCUGCCUGGCCAGGCAGGACUGGAGCUUCUCCAGCAAGGUGAGAACCCCACACCACACAAGCACAACCCUGUGCUGUUACAAUGAGAACCUCUGUUCCCUGCAGCUCUCAAAAGUGGGAACCUCAUUUUGUAAACAAGCACUCCAAAGGAUCUUAUACUGAACAAAAACUUGUAUUUUUCUUCUGUGAAGAGCUGUAUCUCUUUGUUCUGGGGAGGGGGUGGGAAGGGGUUCUUACAU